AAACUCAGCACAGCACAUCAAACCCACUCAAAGGCUUCGCCUUUUUAACUCACCAUCACUCACUCUCUCUCUCUUACAUGUCCUUCGAUCGACGGCGGCGACGAGGACCACGGCGACGGCGACGACGACGGCGACGAUGACGGACGUGAACGGCGCCGCCUCCAAGCCGCCGCAGAUCUCCGACAUGUUCCAGAAGUUCGCCCUCGCCUUCAAGGCCAAGACCUUCGAGUUCUUCGCCGACGACGACGGCGGGGAGGAGGGCGCGCCGGGCGCCUCCGGAGCGGGCGAGGACUUGUCCGACGGGUUCGCCCUCCUCGACUCCGCCGAGGAGAUCAUCACCGGCCAGCGCGUCGUCGUCAUCAAGCCCGAUCACUGCAGGGCCGCGGCGCCGGCGCCGGCGGCUGCGGAGGCGGUGGCGGCGGCCCGGCCGCGGCUCCCGGAGCCCGGCCUCUCGUCGACGGAAACCCUAGGCCGGGAGCUCGAGCGGGCGUGCGGCUUGUCCCCGGAGCCGGCGCGAUCGGCGAAGGAUCCGUGGAGCGAAGGAGGGAAGGAGGCGGAGGCGACGAGCUUAGGGCACAAUCGCGCUGUUUCCUGGAAUUCGCGGGAGCUGGUGGUCGCGGAGUCGAGAGGGAUGAGCAAAUCGAGCGAGGAGGCUCGGCGACGAGGAGUCGAUGCGAGGACGAUCGACACUUUGAUUUCUUCGGUGUUCGGGACGGUCUCUUCCUUCGAAGCUUCGUACGUGCAAUUGCAGACUGCGCAGGUGCCGUUCGCCGAGGAAGGCGUGAAGGCUGCCGACAAAGCGCUCGUUUCUCAUCUCCAGAGAUUGUCCGACGUCAAGCGCUUCUACACGGAAUUGCGAAGGAACGCGGAUUUAGUCGACGAUUUGCCGAACGUGUCGAGCUUGGAAGCUCAGGUUCAGGAGAAUCAGAGCAAGCUCAGGAUCCUCGGGACGAUCUCGAACAGGUUGCAGUCGGAGAUCGACCGGAAGCAUAGCGAAGUGCACGGUCUGAAGAAUCAGCUGGGGGAGAUUCAGAAGCGUAAUUUGAAGCUGUCGAAGAGGUUGUCGGACGGGUUGAGUUCGUCUUGCGAGGUGUGGUUGUGUAUCUCUGUGUUUGAUUCUUUCCUACGUGAUGCUUGUAGAGCUACGCACAGGUUUACUAAGAUCUUGAUUGGUUUGAUGAGAAAGGCUGGGUGGGAUCUGAAUCUGGCAGCUAACUCCUUGUAUGGGGAUGUCGAGUACGAGAAGAAGGGUCACGAAUGCUAUGCGUUCUUGUCGUAUGUUUGUUUGGUAAUGUUUCGAGGUUUCGAUUCGGAAAGUUUCUAUUUUGGUGAUGAUGAUCAUGGAGUUGUGAGUAAUGGCCAUAUGUCGAGCGGCAGUAGCUCUAUCAAGAAAUUGCUCGAGCAUGUGUCGAGUAACCCGAUGGAGGUCAUAAGCAUGGACCCAGAUAGCGAGUUUGCUAGAUUCUGUGAAAAGAAGUAUCAAGAACUUAUCCACCCGUCGAUGGAAUCUUCGGUCUUCAGUAAUCUAGAUGGCAAUGAAGCUGUUUUGAGUUCAUGGAAGUCUCUGAGUGUGUUUUACAAAUCUUUUGUCGAGAUGGCGAGUUCUAUAUGGACCCUACAUAAGUUGGCCUUCUCGUUUGAUCCUGCAGUUGAAAUCUUCCAAGUGGAGAGGGGCGUGGAAUAUAGUCUCGUCUACAUGGAAGAUGUCACGAAGAGAUGUCCUGCGCCAUGUAAAGUUAAGCCAAGAGUUGGAUUCACUGUGGUUCCAGGCUUUAAAAUCGGGAAGACAAUUGUGCAGUGCAAGGUGUACCUGUCCGGCCUAAAAUGUGAAGGCUAGACAUUGGGGUUCCGCAAUGUAGGAAACAGGGGAUCAUAAUGCACUUCCUCUGGAUGCUGGCCGAACAAGAAGAAAAGAUGUUCGGCUGAGUUGGUUCAUAUGACAGGGCUACAAUCCUUGGAGAGCUUGACUUCAUGGCAAUACAAAUGUCUGCAAGAAAAACAGCUGUAAAUCUUGGCAUUUGCAAGUGAAGCUUAGCAAAUGAGUGAUCAGGAGUAAUAAGCUCUAUGGCGUUGUUGAUCCACUGAGGUUCCUUCUGGCGUGUAAAGUUCUUCAAAUUUUCUUUUGAUUUGGAUUUUCAGUUGAAUGAUUUCUUGGGAGCUCACUGUAUAGGUCUAUCUUUUCUCACACUUAGAUACAUAGCCAACUUGUGAAUCUGUUUUCCUGUUGUUGAGUAAGAUAUCAUGUGUAUCUAUAUCAAGUCUACUCUGAGUUUUCUGACAAGAAGAUUUACUGUCAUGAUCAAUUCCUAAUUGUAGGGAAGAUUGCUAUAGAAUACUGUGGUCAGUGUCGACUCGGUAGUUUCCUCUUGAGUCGCUAGAUGCAACUUUUGUAUUGAGUUGAUCAAAUGAAUUGUCUUUCUUAUCUAUGCAUAUUGUCUGCCAAA